AAGGCUGUUGUCCAGGCCAGCUCUUCCUGAGCAGAGGGAGGAGCCUGUGGGGAUAAAUAGGAGCAGCACCGGCGAAUCCAGAGCUCCAGGAAGGAAGUGCUGGAACCACACUCUACACGAGGCUCUCCCAGCAGGACAGAGUGGAGGCAAUGUCACUUCUCCUGGCUCUGGGGCUCUUGGUGGCCGGGUUCUGCCCUGCUGUCUUCUGCCACCCAGGUGGCCCAACAGACCUGGACACUCUGGCCUCAGAGGGCAGAGACAAUGGGACGCAUGUGGGCAACCUCAGAUUGGUCUCCGGCAACAAUGACUUCGCCUUGAGCCUCUAUAAGCAGCUGGCUUCGAAAGCCCCAACCAAGAACAUCAUCUUCUCCCCCGUGAGCAUCUCCACCGCGCUGGCCCUGGCUUCCCUGGGGGCUCGCAACACCACGAAGGAGGAGAUCCUCCAAGGCCUCAAGUUCAACCUCACAGAGCUCCCGGAGGCAGAAAUCCACCAGAGCUUCCAGCACCUCCUGCAUACCCUGAGGCGGCCCAGUGACCAGCUGCAUCUCAGCGUGGGCAAUGCCCUGUUCAUUGACGAGCAGCUGCAGCUUCUGGCCAAGUUCACGGAGGAUGCCCGGGAUCUGUAUGCAGCCGAGACCUUCACUACCAAAUUCCAGGACCCCGCGGCUGCCGAGCAGCUCAUCAAUGACUUCGUGAAGAAGGAGACCCAGGGGAAGAUCUCGGAACUGGUCAAGGACCUGGACCGGACCACCGCACUGGUCCUGGUGAACUACAUCCUCUUUAAAGGCAAGUGGAAGACGCCCUUUGAUCCCCUGGAUACCUUCCUGUCAAAGUUCUACCUGAGCAAGCGGCGGUGGGUGCAGGUACCCAUGAUGAAGCUGGAGAGCCUGUAUGUACCCUACUUCCGGGACGAGGAGCUGCACUGCACCGUGGUGGAGCUGGAGUACUUGGGCAAUGCCAGCGCGCUCUUCAUCCUCCCCGACGAGGGCAAGAUACGCUUGGUGGAGACAGCGCUGCUGCCCGAGUCACUGAGUCGGUGGAAGGAUGCCCUGCGGACCAGGUGGAUAGACGAGUUCUACCUACCCCAGUUCUCCAUCUCCGGUGAAUAUCAGUUGGAAAGCAUCCUCCCCAAGCUGGGCAUCAGGGAAGUCUUCACCCGAAAGGCUGACCUGUCAGGCAUCACCGGGGCCCAGAACCUGAGGGUCUCCCAGGUCAUCCACAAGGCUGUGCUGGAUGUGGCCGAGAAGGGCACGGAAGCAGCUGCCGCCACUGGAAUAAAAUUUGCCUUCACAUCUGCAAAGGUACGCCCAGUGAUCGUGAGCCUUGACAGACCCUUUCUGAUGGCCAUCCUCCAUUCGGAGACCCACAACAUCCUCUUCCUGGGCAAAGUCGCCAACCCCAAGGAAACCUAGAGCUCCCGCCGAGUGGGGGCUCCGGCAAGAAGCCAGGCUGAGGUCUCCGCAGCUGGCCUCCGUGCACUGAGGCCUGGCCCUUGUCCUCAGGAGGUUGACAGUGACAGCUUGGGCAGAGCCACGUGCACAAGGAGCCCGUGCACUGCCUUGCCUGAGGCCUCCUGACACCGAUAACCCUCCUUCCCAGACACUUCCCCUGUGCUUCUCUCCUGAGUGCUGCCUCCUCGGCGUCUGCCUGGGUCCCUGAGCCAAAGCCUUGACCUCAGGUCCAGGACCUGGGGGGACCCUGCUUCCUUACAGCCCUUUCCAGUGCCACCUUCAAUCUUUCCUUGGCCCGGGACCAGGGUCUGCCCGCUGCUGCCUCUGCAGGGCCCCUGGCCACGUCCACUUCAGUUCAGGCCCUGGGCCCGUAGGGAAGGUUAGAGGGAGGUAUGGAUAGGGAUGAUACAGGACAGGACCUGGUUGGUGGAUGUGUACAUGCCAUGAACUGACCGUAUGCUGUGUGCUUGUGGAAGCUGGCCAGCCCUGAUAAAGCUAUAACAUGCACUGGCUCCAACCUCCUCCACCCCUGGCCUUUGCCUCGGCCCACCGACAGGCCUAGGUCAUAACAGCGGUGAAACCGCUGUUUCAGAAACCAGCUUGCCCCUCAGGAUGAGGACAGCAGUCCCCAGCCUUUGGGAAUUUCGGUGGAUUCCCCUGCCUUGUGUGGCCACUGUUCCUUGCGUUUGCAGCUUCAUAAAUAAACUUUCGUCUCACAGUACCUUCA